AUGGCGAGACACAGUAGCACUGUUCGAGUCUUCUUGGACUGUGACCAACUAGAAAAUCUGGACUUUCUCUUUGACGUGGUUCGCACAUCCACAAGAAACGUUGUGGUCGUUCUAACGCCAGAACUCUUGAAGAGGGUUUGGUGCGCUGGAGAAAUUGCGACUGCACACAAGAAUGGUAUCGACACCAUGCCUUUGGUGUGUGAUGGCUUUCGGCCUUUGACAGUGGAAGCUUUGCGCACGAUCUCAACACUCUGGUCGUCGCAGCAAAUCCAGAUGUUGGCCAACUAUGGGAUUAGCAUAGAGGACGUGACCAAAGCCUACACCUGGCUCCAAGGGCCACAUUUGAAGCCUAUGAAAAUGCCCAGAUUUGGACAUGUCAGCACCCGGGAGAAGGUUGCAGUGGAUAUCCUCUCUCGCUGCGCUCCGAGACGAGUGGCCUGGCCAGAGCAUGUCUCGGGCUUUGGCUUCUCCAAUGCACCUCAGAUUCUCCUGACAGGUCUAAACACGUCCUUCACGGACACUGCAGGGCAAAGCAAGGGCCGCAUUUUGAUCACCAGCUCGGUGGCAGAUGCGGAAUCCUUGUCCACCUGUGAAGUCUUCCAGCUAAUGCUCCAGGCACAUCUGCAAGUGGAAUGUGUGGUGGUUCAGGGGAGCCGACAGAUGGUGAGCUGGAAACCCUGGGCCUACUAUUUAGUGGUGCUGCUCUUUCGCGGCAUGUUUCGCGACGCCGGCUUCGCGCGGAUGCUGACGGCGGCCUUUGAUCUGAGCGGCCGGCGAGCCCUGGAAGUGGUGACCGUCAUCGCAGAUGCACAGUUUGACUUCCCCAGCGUGGACGUCUAUGACAAGGAGGACUCGGACAAUCUCGCCCUCUUCGGAGAUGAGAUCUUCACACAAGAUGUCAGCCAUGAAGGCCCCAAAGCCCAUGACCACGUUGAGGCAAUCAACAGCCUACAGACGGCUUUUGAAUGUGGUCGCUCUUCCCUUCUCUCCUUUUGUGUCUUGGACCCAGCUUUGGCUGUGGCCUGGGAUCGAAGCGAUGAUCAGCUCUUGUUCGAAGAGGAGCACUUGGAGCAUCCAGAUGACGUCCUGGCCUCCAUCUCGCCCAACGUCUUCUCUGUUCACUCCAUUGGUGAGUUGGGCCCGUUCUCGCCAACGGGCCGAUCUCCGUAUGCCAUGAUUGAAUCGAGGCAGCGGAGUCAGUUUCUGCCCCUUGGAUUCACUGAGAUCAGCCGAAUCCCUGGGAUCCUGUCGACCCUGGGAGCCAUGGCUGUGGGCUCCGAGUUUCCGGGCUUCACAGGCUUCAUGCGCCAAGUGAAACGUUUACGGAUUUUAUGGUUCCCUGAACCAGUGGCAAUGGCCAUCCAAGAUGUUACCCCGUGUCGCUAUGGCAUUGCGCACUUCUAUGACUUGGUCCCGGUGAAGGACACCAAGGACUUGAUCGAAAAGCUGCGGCAGGAUUUAGUGGAGGCAAAGCUGCAGGCUCGGGUGAAGAUUGCGAAUGAAGGCGUCAAUGGAUGGAUCACAGGACCUUUAGGAGAGGUCGAAUCUUACUGCGAGCGCUUGAAAUCGGACUUUGAGGUCUUUGCAGCAACUGAUUUCAAGAUCUCGCCAUGCAGCAGGGCAGAGCUUUCUCGGGGAGUCAAAGUUUGGGAAAGCGCCAGCGUUUGCAAGCUGCUGGAUCACGCCGAUGAGUACGAGGCGCUCUCGACCCAUGCGCGCGCUCCACACCUGACUCCAGAGGAGUGGCACGAAAGACUGCAAGACGGCGAAGACCUUGUGCUGUUUGAUGUGCGCAACUUCUACGAGACGCGCAUCGGCCAUUUUCAAAGAGGGGAUGAUACACCAGGUGUGGUGGAUUGCGUCGAUCCGCAAACCUUGUCCUACGAGCAAGUGCCCGAUUUCCUCACCCAGAAGUCCAACCUAGCGCGAUUCAAAGGGAAGACGGUGAUGAUGUACUGCACCGGUGGCGUUCGUUGUGAACGUGCUUCCUCACUCCUGAAGAGCCAGCUGGGUGAAGAUGCGCAGGUCUUUCAGCUCGAAGGUGGCAUCCAUCGCUACCUGGAGAAGUUUCCAUCCGGUGGAUAUUUUCAAGGUGCCAUGUACGUCUUUGAUCGCCGCCGCGCGGUCAGAGGACAUGACCUUGUGGGUGAGAAGGUACGGCUUGAAGAAGGCAGUGUUCUCGGUGCAUGCUGUCUCUGUGGAACUCCGUGGGAGAUGUACCAGGGCAAGUGGAAGUGCGGAGCUUGCAAGAUGCCGAUUCUCAUUUGCCUGAGAUGUCAAGGCAAAUGCAGCCAUGCAGGAAAAGCUGCACGAGCAGAUCUACGGUGCGAAUUGUGCAAGCCGCUGCAAGAUCGUGUUUCGUGAGGAAAACAAGGGCGGCCAACCUUUAGGUAUGUCUCACACAGCAUUUGUAGUC